AUGGCGCCUCCACCACCUCGUCCCGCCGCAGCCGGCGCAGGCGGACACCGCGUCGCCCGCGCUGCGACGCGCUACCGACCGGGCAAGGCCCCCGUCGCGGGCGUCGACCCCGCCGACCUCUCGGAUUCCGACUACGACGAGCAGGACCACGCAGAUGCCUCCGCCGCCGCCGCCGCCGCCACGGCAGCAGGAGCCUCCAAUACCCUGGGCCAGGGCGUCGCCGUCACUUCCUUCGGCCCGUCCACGACGACGAGGAAGGUCGAUCUCUCGCUCAAAUCCGCGCAGCCUGGCCAAGGCACGGACAGCAGCGAGUACGAGACCGACAGCGAGCAGGACGAGCCACCCCCGCGACCCGUCUUUCGCGCACCGGGAAAGUCGGAGCCGCAGGUCAAGCAAGAGAGCAGCAGCGGAGAGUACGAAAGCGACAGCGAAGAAGGCGAGAGCAGCGAAGAAGAGGAGGAGGAGGAGGAGGUCAAGCCCAUGCUGAAGCCCGUUUUCGUAUCCAAACGGCAACGAGAGGCCCAGGCAUCUGCACCCGGGACGGACCCCGCUGCUCCGACGGCGGCGCCUGGCACCGCUACGACAUCAGACGCCAGCGCGGCAGCAGCCGAAGCGGCGCUCCUGGCUCGGCGGCAAGAGUCGCACGCGCUAGCUGCGGCUCGCAUUCGCGCCGAGCUGGCGGAAAAGGAGCAUCAGGAAACUAAGCCGGACCUCGACGACACCGACGGCAAGGACCCGGACGCCGAGUUCCAGGCGUGGCGCAUCCGCGAGCUGGAGCGCAUCAAGCGCGACCGUGAGGCGCUCGAAGAGAAGCGCCGGGAAAAGGACGAGAUCGAGCGGAGGCGCGAGAUGCCCGAAGAGGAGCGGCUCAAGGAGGACAUGGAGCGCGCCCAAAAGAGCCGCGAGGACAAGAAAAGGGGCCAGCAGGGCUUCAUGCAGCGCUACUACCACAAGGGUGGCUUCUUCCAGGACAUGGACAUCCUCAAACGCGACUAUUCGGCGCCGACCGAGUCGGAAGCCAUCGACAAGACCAAGCUGCCCAAGAUCAUGCAGGUCCGCAACUACGGCCAGGCCAAGCGGUCCAAGUGGACGCACCUCGCCAACGAGGACACGUCGCGCCUCGCGCAGCGCUCCCCCGCCCUGGGAAACGGCUCGGCGGGAGGAGGAGGCGGCGGAUGCUUCCACUGCGGCGCCGAGGGACACCUCAAGCGGGACUGCCCCGUGCUUCUUGGUGGAGGCGGCGGCGACGGCGGCGAACGAGCCGGUCUCAGGAGCACUGGCACCGGCGCGAACAGUGCACCGCUCGCAGUGCGGCAGCGGAGAGACGAGAUGCGCGUUGGGAGGCCAACGAGGGACGGUCCAGAGCAGAGAGGCGCAUCGAGGCGGAGCAGAAGCAGGAGCAGAAGCCGCGACCGCGAUCGCGAUCGCCACAGGUCUGACCGACACGACGAUCAAAGGCCGAAAGAGCGGUCGCGACCUCGCUCUCGCUCUCGCUCGCGUUCUCCACGGGGCGCAAGAAGGCCGAGACGCGAGUACGACGACGACGACGGCGACGGCGACGACGGUAGAAGGCGACAUCGCGACGAUCGGCCACGUCACCGUGGAUACGACGGCGAGAGGCGGCGGGACGGGAUGGAUGACGAGCGCAGACGACGCAGGCAUCGAGAUGAGGACGACGACGAGGACGUGGAGGAGGAGGAGCGGCGGCGACGGCGACAUCGUCGUGCGGCCUCGCCGUCUUCGCCGCGGCAUCAUCGGCACCGGGAGCGAGAGCGGGAUCGACGAGACGCGCACGCCGACGAGCGCGAGCGCAAACGGUCUCGCAUCUAG